AUGCUCCGCGUGGCCCUCCUCGCCGCCCUCGCCGGGCGGUCGAGCGGGGACUACUACUCGGACAUGGGCCUCCGGCGUGACGCGAGCGCCUCCGCCAUCAAGAGCGCGUACCGCGAGGCGGCAAAGCGGGACCACCCAGACAAGAACCCGGGAGACCCGGACGCGGCAGAGCGCUUCCGACGCGUGGCGCGGGCGUACGAGACGCUGGGCGACGCGGAAAAGCGACGCCUGUACGACGUCUACGGGGAG